AUGGUCAAAGCAAAGAAGACGAAAAAGCCGUCAUCGGCUCUCAAUACACAAUCUCUUCCAUUUAACACUGAGAAAGGCCAGCAUAUUUUGAAGAAUCCUGGUAUAGUUAAUUCAAUCAUUGAGAAGUCCGCUCUCAAGUCGACGGAUACUGUACUAGAAGUUCAGCGUCCUUGGCUACAAGGUAUUUGGACAGUGAAAUGCUGGAAGUGGCAAAGCAAGCCGCCUCUUCAAAAUAAAUUAGAGGUCCGUCACGGUGAUGUCAUGAAAGCUGAAUGGCCGUUCUUCGAUGUAUCUCAUCUCCCUUUUGUAUUCAAGCUGCUGUUGCAACGACCACUUCCAAGAUAUGCGGUGUUGAUGUUUCAAAAAGAAUUCGCCGAUCGAUUAAUAGCGAAACCAGGCGAUAAAGAUUACUGUCGAUUGUCGGUAAAUGUACAACUUCUAGCAAAGGUUGAACAUCUCAUGAAAAUCAAAAGAACCGAGUUCCGCCCUCCUCCAAAGGUCGACUCGGCGGUGGUACGUAUCGCACCGAAGAAUCCACCUCCUCCUAUAAAUUUUGAUGAGUGGGAAGGCAUGCUUCGAUUGUGUUUUCUCAGGAAGAACAAGAAGUUGCUCGCAAUAUUCAAGCUGAACAAUGUAACAGAAUUGAUAGAGAAGAAUCACCAGAAGCUGUGUAGUUUACUCAACAAGGUACUUUAA